CCUCUAGUGCAGUUCACGUAAAGGAUGUCCAGGGAGAAACUGAAUUCACAGGAUAAUUUUCAGAAAGUUGACAUUUGUGCUCAUUUAUUUAUUUAUUUAUUUUACAGUGGUACAACUAAACAACAAAGGACAAAAAAACAUUUAACACUCCAAUUAUAUUUAAAUGUUUGGGUAAGAAAUUCUAGAGGUGUAAAUACAAAGAGCUCCUGAAUUGAGUUUUAAUCUUUUUUUUUUUUUCUUUUUAAAUUGAAGAUAAUUUUUUCUUUGCUUGUGGGUUUUUUGACCACUUAUGAUUAUCCAUUUAAUACAUUUGUGGUAUUUAAUGCAGAUUUUGUAUUUUUUUGUUUUUUUUUAUUUCCAAACAUACACUCGUUCAAGUUUCUCGUUUUAUUUUAUUUCAUUAUGGAACGGAACUCGGAAAUAUUCACCAUGUACGUCACUUCCGGUUACGCUCACAAAUGGAAGGCAUCGGUGUAGAAUCUGUCCGUUGUCUCGGGUUUUAAAGAUUAGUUGAAGAUGGGUGAAGCAGAUGUGACGCUGAGCCAGGCGGAGGAGAAGCCUCCGGACUCGGGACUGGCUCCCGGGGAGGACUCGGUGGUCUGGAGCCACGAGGUGGAGGUUUGUUUGUUCCACGCGAUGAUCGGACACAAGCCCGUGGGAGUGAACCGCCACUUCCACAUGAUCUGCAUCAGAGACAAGUUCAGUCAGAACAUCGGCCGGCAGGUUUCCUCUUCCGUCAUCUGGGACCACCUGGGAACCAUGUACGACAUGCAGGCUCUGCACGAGUCGGAAAUCCUGCCGUUUCCAAACACAGAGAAGGCCUUCUCUCUGCCUGAUGACAUCAUUCAGGAAGUAAAAGAAGGGAAGCUGGGCUCAGAGGAGGAGACCAAAGAGGAGUUCAGGAUGGAGAGAGAACCUCCAGCAACUCAUGAAGAAGGGAGUAACUCCUCCAUUAAGAUGCCAGAGCGAACGAGCAGCAGUCGGGACAGAGAGAGGGAGCGGGACAAAGAGAAGGGCGCCAGUGAAGGAGGAGCAACAGCAGGAGGAGGAGGAGCAGGAGCAACGAAGGAGGCCGAGAAGAGGAAGAGGAGCAGAGCCGCCGACAAGCUGCUGUCAUCUUCCAACCCUGCAAGUCCAGGUGGAGCCAAGAGGAGGCGCACAUGAGCACAGAAAGAGGCCAGUGGACCGACAUGACUGUUUCUUGACUGUUUCUUGACGCUGAGGCUUCCCUGAUUGGCUGCCGUGCAUCUGUCACUCAUGAGAUGAAGUGAAGCACAAUGGGGAUCCAGGCGCUGGUCGUGGCGUGCAGAAAGUCAGGACUUUUGAUUUUUGUGGUAGUUUUUGUGUUGAAUACGGACGGUUUGUUGUGUGUGCCCUGGGUUUUGUCUGCCAGGCUGAUUAAGCUUUUCUGGACUUAUAGAUGUGCAGCACCCAGCUCCAUCACUGAAGAUCAUUUGUUUUUUGUUUAAAGCUACUGUGUGUAAAAGUCCCAGCAUGCAUCUCGGCUGGGCUUCUUAUGAGCUGCCAACCAGUGAUCCCUCUCAGCAGGAAGGUCUCUCCGUGGGUUCAGUUCUCCCUCGACUUUCCCGCCUGUUGAACACGUUCACAUACCGAAAGCUCUGAGCUACUGAAGCCAAACUGCUGCUCCUGUCAUCUGUUCUCCAGGUCAUCCGUACAUAAAAGAUCUGUGAGGGUGAACAGUCUGCAGAAUAAAGCCACGCUCACUUCACUCCAAAAAUCUUGGAUUUGAGAAGUUUCUGGAUUAUUCCCAGCUCCUACUGUGCCCUCUAGUGGCUCAUCUUGAGCAGGUUCCUGCGUUUUCUUAUCCUGAACAGCCUUUAAAGACCGGAGCUGCAUCACCCAACCCUCUGUCUUCAGAUCUCAGGUUUAGUCACAGUAAAUGGAUCUGUGGAGGAUCAUGGUCAAUCCAUUCCAUGGUUCGGGAGGACCUUUAACUUUGUGAAGGACUCACCUUUUCUUUAAAAUAUUUGCUCUUUUUUAAUUUUCUUUUUGUCCUUGUGGCUCAUUGGCUUAAAGAAAUGUCUCAUCUGAGCCUCAUAACCCUCCAAAAGCACCAGAAAUAACAAUUAUGUUUAUACAUUUUGUGUUUCACCACCAGUUUUCCUAAAUUGGAGGCAACAAAAUACAUGAAGAAAGAGCUGAAAGUUGGUAACUAACUCUUUAAAAGUCCUGCAGCUGUUUGUUUACCUUCAGCAUUAAAGUGAAACUUCUCCGUGAAAACUCCAGUUUGAACUGAUGGUUGAUAAAUCCGCGUCUUUCUGUCUGUUUUUCUAUAAAACUCUGUGACUGGAGCAGCAAAAUGGAGGCCGUGGUUUUCUGUUAAAGUGCCAUUUAAAGCAGCUGCUCAUCUCUGAGUCUGUGGCGUCUGGUCAGGUUCCGAUCUGACUCCAGGCAUCCAGAAGCCUGAUCAGCAGCGUUUGACAGCCAACCUUCCUGUAGCGUGUUCUGGUCCAGACGACUGCAAUGAAAGCUGUCCUGGUUACUGAGUUCAGAUUUAGUUUGUUUCCUUUUUUUGUGACCUUUCGUCUUUUGUUCCCUUUGAUUGACAUUGUAACGUACUGAUGGUGAUGUGCUGGUGUGUAAGGCUGUUUGUGACAUUAAAUAUGAACUUUUUCAUUUUAAA